GGAACACCGCUUCAUACAUACACUGUUGUUAGCGACGUAGCUUCUACGGUCAGCUUCUUUUUCUUUUACAUUCACACCCGCGACCACUUUUUUCUCAACUUCACUUUCUGUCGCCACCGGCUGAAUGAGCGAGUAGCGGUCCCCCGGCCAGGAUUCGUUGCGCCGGUGCGUCCCGUUGUUGCUGGUGGCGGUCGCCGGAGCUUCUUUGAUUAUGUGUAUACAAUGAAGAGGCGUGCGGAGGACCAGGAACCGAUAUUCACGCCUCAGCAGCAGCAGCCCCGUCAACCCCCAGUUCAAGGUAUCGCGGAAAGCUUCCAGCACCGGGCCCUCGCCCCGGCUCCCGCUGUGGUGGAGACGGCUGCAGACAACAUGCAGCCCUCAACCGGCAUCCAGUAUUCUCUGCCGCAGGGUUACCAGGUGUCAGCAAUGCCUCAGAGCACAAGUGGGCACGGACACAACAGUACUGCCCCCCACGUUGGUCCCCACCCACACAACCUCACCGUGCAGCCACAGGGCGCCGCCGUGGUCCAAGGACACGCUCAUCCGCCAGCGCCCAUGACUUCAACCCAGGGCCAGCAGCAGUUCCAGCGACUGAAGGUUGAAGAUGCCUUGUCCUACCUGGAUCAGGUGAAGCUGCAGUUUGGGAAUCAGCCACAAGUUUAUAACGAUUUCCUUGAUAUUAUGAAAGAGUUCAAGUCCCAGAGCAUCGACACUCCCGGAGUCAUCAACCGCGUGUCUCAGCUGUUCAAGGGCCACCCGGACCUCAUCAUGGGCUUCAACACUUUCCUGCCACCCGGGUACAAGAUCGAGGUUCAGACCAACGACCUCGUCAACGUGACCACACCCGGUCAGAUCCACUACAUCACCCCGCACGGUAUUUCAGUUCACAAUAUUCCUGCCAGUGGCCCGCCCAGCCAACCCGCAAGCCAUCACCAGCACCAGAGUCAGCCGCAGCCGGCCUCGCACACCUCCACCAACACCACCACCACCGCCGCCACGACACCGACCAUCCCCACCCCGCCUGCUCCGAGUAAAACCAGCAAGCCAGUUCAGUCUCCGGCCCACACGCCCACCAGCCAGCCCAAUCCAUCCAUCCCAUCCUACGCCUCGCCGCGCUCCCCGUCGGUCCAGUCCCACACUCCCGUCAGCAGCACGCCAUCCAGCGGGCCCCCUCUCCAGAACAAUCAGCCAGUGGAGUUCAAUCACGCCAUUAAUUACGUCAACAAGAUCAAGAACCGCUUCCAGGGUCAGCCAGACAUCUACAAGGCCUUUCUGGAAAUCCUUCACACGUACCAGAAGGAACAAAGGAACGCUAAAGAGGCUGGAGGUAACUACACCCCCGCCCUGACGGAGCAGGAGGUCUACACCCAAGUGGCGCGGCUUUUCAAGAACCAGGAGGACCUGCUGUCAGAGUUCGGACAGUUCCUUCCUGAUGCAAACAGCUCUGUGCUGCUGUGCAAGACGACGCCGGACCGGGCGGAUUCGGUGCGUAACGACCACGGCGGCACCGUCAAGAGGCCUUUGCUGAACAACAAGCAGAGGCUGAGCCAGAACGGCCUUCCCAUCAGGAGACCUGCUGGAGUGGGAGCCACGCCACCUGUCAAGAAGCCCAAAAUCAUGGGGAAGGACCACAGCCUGGCUGAGGUGGGCAAGCACAGCACCAGCACCGAGACCAUGUUCUUCGAGAAGGUGAAGAAGGCUCUCCGCAGCUCCGAGGCCUACGACAACUUCUUGAGGUGUUUGCACAUCUUCAAUCAGGAGGUCAUUUCACGCACUGAGCUGGUCCAGUUAGUUAUACCGUUUCUCGGGAAAUUCCCGGAACUUUUCACCUGGUUUAAAAACUUCCUGGGCUACCGAGAGUCGAGUCAUGGCGAGUCGAGCCACGUGGAGAGUCUGCCCAAAGAGCGUGCCACCGAGGGCAUCGCCAUGGAGAUCGACUACGCCUCCUGCAAGAGGCUGGGCUCCAGCUACCGCGCGCUGCCCAAGAGCUACCAGCAGCCCAAGUGCACAGGAAGGACGCCGCUGUGCAGAGAGGUUUUAAACGACACGUGGGUUUCCUUCCCGUCGUGGUCUGAAGAUUCCACGUUUGUGAGCUCCAAGAAGACUCAGUACGAGGAGCAUAUCUACCGAUGUGAGGAUGAACGCUUCGAGCUGGAUGUUGUGUUGGAAACCAACCUGGCCACGAUACGAGCCCUGGAGACGGUGCAGCGGAGGAUCUCCCGGAUGUCGGCCGAGGAGCAGCUCCGCUUCAAGCUGGACAACACCAUGGGAGGCUCGUCGGAAGUCAUCCACCGCAAAGCCAUCCAGAGGAUAUACGGCGACAAAGCCGCGGACAUCAUCGACGGGCUGAAGAGGAACCCCGCCGUGUCCGUCCCCAUCGUGCUGAAAAGAUUAAAAAUGAAAGAGGAGGAGUGGAGAGAGGCGCAGAGAGGCUUCAACAAGAUCUGGAGGGAGCAGAAUGAGAAGUAUUACCUGAAGUCACUGGACCAUCAAGGCAUCAACUUCAAGCAGAAUGACACCAAAGUGUUGCGUUCAAAGACCCUGCUGAAUGAGAUCGAGAUGUUGUAUGAUGACCGCCAGGAGCGAGCAUCAGAAGAAACGGCCACGCCCCCGGCGAGCGGCCCCCACAUGACGCUGACCUACGAAGACAGCCAGAUCCUGGAGGACGCCGCCGCCCUCAUCAUCCACCACGUGAAGAGGCAGGUGGGCAUCCAGAAGGAGGACAAGAGCAAGAUCAAGCAGAUCAUCCACCACUUCAUCCCGGACCUGCUGUUCUCGCGGCGCGGCGAGCUCUCCGACGUGGAGGAGGAGGAGGAGGAAGAGGAGGAGGACGCGGAGGCGGAGCACGACGGCCCCAAGAAGCACAACGGUCUGCCGGGCGGCAGCCCGCCCAAGUCCAAGCUGCUGUUCAGCAACACGGCGGCUCAGAAGCUGCGGGGCACCGACGAGGCCUACAACAUGUUCUUCGUCAACAACUACUGGUACAUCUUCCUCCGCCUCCACCACAUCCUCUGCUCGCGUCUGCUGCGCAUCUACGGCCAGGCGGAGAAGCAGAUUGAGGAGGACGCCCGUGAGCGGGAGUGGGAGAGGGAGGUGCUGGGGCUGAAGAGGGAGAAGAAUGAAAACCCAGCGAUUCAGCUGAAGAUGAAAGAACCAAUGGACGUGGACGUGGACGACUACUACUCAGUCUUUCUGGAAAUGGUGCGUAACCUCCUGGAUGGGAACAUGGAGCCGGCUCAGUAUGAGGACUCCCUCAGGGAGAUGUUUACUAUCCACGCCUACGUUGCCUUCACGAUGGACAAACUCAUCCAAAGCAUCGUCCGGCAGCUGCAGCACCUGGUCACAGACGACGUGUGUGUGCGUGUGACCGACAUGUACCUCGGUGAAAGUGCCAAUAAGGCCACAGGGGGCGCUCUGUCCACGCAGACGUCCCGGGCCGCCCCAGAGGGAGCCUAUCAGCGCAAGGCGGAGCAGCUCAUGUCGGAUGAGAACUGCUUCAAGUUGGUGUUUGUGAAGAGUCGAGGAACCGUCAGUCUGGCCAUGGAGCUGUUGGACACGGAAGAGGAGAACUCCGAUGAGCCGGCGGAGGCAGAAAGGUGGUCAGACUACAUGGGCAGGUACCUGAACUCAGACUCUGCGUCCCCCGAGCUGCGUGAGCACCUGGCUCAGAAGCCCGUGUUCCUCCCCAGGAACCUGAGGCAGAUCAGGAAGUGCCAGCGGGGAUGGGAGCAGCUGCAGCAGGAGCGGCUGGCCAAGGGCUCGGCGGACAAGUCGCAGGACGGCAGCAGCGAGCUGAAGAUGGAGUGCAGGUUCAAGCUCAACUCCUAUAAGAUGGUCUACGUCUGCAAGUCCGAGGACUACAUGUACAGACACACCGCCCUCACUCGGGCGCACCAGUCUCACCAGCAGGUGAACCGGCGGCUGCACAGACGCUUCCAUGCCUGGCUGGACUCGUGGGCCAGCGAGCACGUGACGGGCGAGAUGGCGGCGGACAGCCAGAGGUGGCUGAUGGGAGACGGGCAGGAAGGCCUGCUGUCCUGCACCACCACCCGCUGCCCCGAGGUCCUCCACUAUCUCAACGUCAACAAGUACCGGGUGAAGUACCGAACGCUGUAGCACGGCGCCGCCGGCCUGCCGGCGCCACCGGACUCCCCGCUGCCAACGAUUCAGUCUGAUGUGUUCGUGACCCGUUUCCCACGCCGUGCAGGAUUCUCUCUGUCAAGCUCAGGCUGCAAGCAGGAAGCUCUGCAGAUGUAGUUGUCGCUGAAUCCGGACUCUCCUGCCUAAAUGCAGACUUUUAAAUUGAAGGCGACAUUUAUGACAUCUGCGAAUGCAGAUUCUGUUGGGCGCGUUUCCUGAUGUUAAUAUUGGAGCAAAAUGAGUUGUGUGUGUGUGCCUGUGGGUCGUCAUCAGACAAAUCGAGUUUCUACACAGUUUCAUGUGUAAUCAGACUUGUGCACGUGCAGUGGCGUGCACGUACAAGGACCUGCAAAUGUCCAUCUGACGCAAACUCCAGUCAGCUCUUUGUACCAGUGGAAUUUUGUCCACGGCCAUGUGUUUUUUAGCCCUCAGGCUGGUCUGGCAGGCAUCCAUCCAGAUCCAGUAUUAAUGUGAUGUUUGUCAAUGACUGAGCUCCUCUUCAGUUGACUUCAGGAGAAACAGGACAGACCGAGAGCCUGGAAAGUCUGUUAAAUGAAUACAGAGGGCAAAAAUACCCAGAGUUUCAAACCAACAUCUGUUGAGGCAGAAAUCCACCAAAUGAGAAGGUUACAGAGAUUUACACGGAUGCACAGGACCACAAAACUAAACUCACAAGAGUUAUUGUAAACGUGUGAUUGCAAAUAUUCUCACACGUAGCUUUCGAUCCACAGGCAGGCAGACGUCAUGAUGCUCCCGUUUUACACUCAGACAUUUCACAGUUGGAACGUUGGAAACUCGAGCUCCGCGGCUUAACCUUCCAACUGUUUCGUUGUGAGAUGACUUUACGGGAAACGUCCCGGCUCCUCCUGUCCAGACCAGAUCGGACUCGGGAGCUUCACGCAGCUUCCGGCUGUAAACUUGUACAACUUUGUGAAUGUUCUCAGCUCUCAGUCAAAGUGCAAUAGUGCACCGUAUAAAUGUUCCACCUCCCCCGAGGCCGCUGGGUUUCUAUCCACUGACAGUAAUUUAUGGCGGCCCAAACACUUGAUGUAAAUACUGUGUUCAUAUCUAGAUUUGUUGUUUUGUUUUUUUUUUUUAAUACAGAUGUCAUUGAUGUGUAGCGUUGGUUAACACACACACACACACACACACACACACACACACACACACACACACACACACACACACACACAGUUUCAAUCUUUGGUUAGAGGUUGCUGAGAUUUUUAUUCAGACAAUGCAAAUUGUAACAGUUUUUUACCAAAGGAUGUUGUUCAGAGACUUUUGUUUUUAUUUGUGGUCUGUUGAACGUCUGUCGUUCAUCUGUUCUUUUUUUCUUUUUUUCUUUUUUUUACUGAUUGGGUCCCUUUCUGCACAUUUCUACCUUCAGUCUUCAGACACCGGUGUCUCUCGUGGUUUCAACAUGUUUGAAUGUAGCUGAACAGUCUUUUUUUUUUUUUGUUUUCCUUUUGAAAGUACGGUGUACUGCAUGUCUAUUCGACGAAAGACUGAAGUCUUAAACACACUCAACUGUUCAAAGAGAGUGAUUGGAAACGAGCGAUUGAGAGCCCGUCUCCACAUGAGUUUCGUUAGUUUUCAGCCUGACGGACUCUGAAUGUCAGCCACCAAACUCAUCUACAGUUUAACUCAAAGAAAACAAGCAAUAAUUCUGUCUUUCAGUCGAUAGCAUAUUUCUCGGUAAAAUACAAAUGCGAAUGUUGUAUUCCCUCAAACGAGGGGUUGAAACUAAAGGAUCUUUUUGUUGCCUUUUCCUCUUUGCAGUUUAAUUGGAAUCGGCUGUGUAGAUAUUGUAGGUAAGUUUAGAUGGAAAAUAGGAAUGCUGGACAGUGUUUCAGAUGAGAGGUCGACACAGAGCAACACAAAACACUUGGUGUGUGACUUACUGAUGAUUUUCAGGUAUGAAUAUAGACAGGACUGAAGCUCACACACACACACACACAGACUGAGGACACUCCUCAGACACGACGCCAUCCUUCCUACAUUCAUAGCAGUGGUCGGUAACAUAACCGGCUGCAGACAAUCCAGGAACAGUUUAUUAGGUGGGUUUUUAUUUUUAUAUCUGCUGUGUUUGACAGCAGGACGUCCCGGGCGGAGCCGACUGUACAUAAAGACUCUGUUUGUACCUCGUUUAUUGUGUCUCUGCAAUUGACUUUUAUGAUGUUGUACAUGCGUGUUAGUAUGAUGUUUGGCAUUAAAUCCUUUGAGUAGACAGAAACUGGC